AUGGAAGGAUCUAUAGCCAACCUUCAAGAUUUAGAGAUGGAAGAAUCUAUAGGCAACCCUCAAGAUUUAGAGAUGGAAGAAUCUAUAGCCAACCUUCAAGAUUUAGAGAUGGAAGGAUCUAUAGCCAACCUUCAAGAUUUAGAGAUGGAAGAAUCUAUUGCCAACCUUCAAGACUUAGAGAGGGAAGAAUCUAUAGCUAAACUUCAAGAUUUAGAGAGGGAAGAAUCUAUAGCCAACCUUCAAGAUUUAGAGGGGGAAGAAUCUAUAUCUAACCUCCAAGAUUUGAGAGGGAGGAAGAAAAUACCAUCCUUCAAAAAUUUGGAGGGGGUAGGAUCUAUAGCCAACAUUCGAAAUUUAGAGGUUGAAGGAUCUAUAGCCAACCUUCUGGAUUUAGAGAGGGAAGGAUCGAUAGUCAUCCUUCAAGAUAUAGAAGGGGAAGGAUCUAUAGCCAACCUUCAUGAUUUAGAGGGGGAAGAAUCUAUAGCCAAUCUUCGAGAUUUAGAGAGGGAAGGAUAUAUAGCCAACCUUCAAGAUUUAGAGAUGGAAGAAUCUAUAGCCAACCUUCAAGAUUUAGAGGUUGAAGAAUCUAUAGCCAACCUUCAAGAUUUGGAGGGGGAAGAAUCUGUAGCCAACCUUCAAAGAUUUAGAGGGGAUUUAGAGAGAGAAGAAUCUAUAGCCAACCUUCAAGAUUUAGAGGGGGAAGAAUCUGUAGCCAACCUUCAAAUUUUAGAGGGAGAAGAAUCUAUAGCCAUCCUUCAAAAUUUAAAGGGGGAAGAAUCUAUAGCCAACCUUCAGGAUUUAGAGGUUGAUGAAUCUAUAUGCAACCUUCAAGAUUUAGAGAGGGAAGAAUCUAUAUGCAACCUUCAAGAUUUAGAGAGGGAAGAAUCUAUAUGCAACCUUCAAGAUUUAGAGGGGGAAGAAUCUAUAGCCAACAUUCAAGAUUUAGAGAGGGAAGAAUCUAUAGCCAACCUUCAGGAUUUAGAGUGUGAAGAAUCUAUAGCCAACCUUCAAGAUUUAGAGAGGGAAGAAUCUAUAGCCAAACUUCAAGAUUUAGAGGGGGAAGAAUCUAUGGCCAACUUCCAAGUUUUAAAGAGGGGAGAAUUUAUAGCCAACCUUCAAGAUUUAGAGAGGGAAGAAUCUAUAUGCAACCUUCAAGAUUUAGAGGGGGAAGAAUCAAUAGCCAACUUUCAAGCCAACCUUCAAGAUUUAGAGAGGGAAGAAUCUAUAGCCAACCUUCAAGAUUUAGAGAGGGAAGAAUCUAUAGCCAACCUUCAAGAUUUAAAGAGGGAAGAAUCUAUAGCCAACCUUCAAGAUUUAGAGUGGGAAGAAUCUAUAACCAACCUUCAAGAUUUAAAGAGGGAAGAAUCUAUAGCCAACCUUCAAGAUUUAGAGUGGGAAGAAUCUAUAACCAACCUUCAAGAUUUAGAGAGGGAAGAAUCUAUAACCAACCUUCAAGAUUUAAAAAGGGAAGAAUCUAUAACCAACCUUCAAGAUUUAAAGAGGGAAGAAUCUAUAGUCAACCUUCAAGAUUUAGAGUGGGAAGAAUCUAUAACCAACCUUCAAGAUUUAGAGAGGGAAGAAUCUAUAACCAACCUUCAAGAUUUAGAGUGGGAAGAAUCUAUAGCCAACCUUCAAGAUUUAGAGAGGCGAGAAUCUAUAACCAAACUUCAAGAUUUAGAGGGGGAAGAAUCUAUAGCCAACAUUUUAUAUUUAGAGGGGGAAGAAUCUAUAGCCAAUCUUCAAUAUUUAGAGAUUGAAGAAUCUAUAGCCAACCUUCAAGAUUUAGAGAAAUUAGGAUCUAUUACCAACCGUCAAGAUUUAGAGAGAGAAGAAUCUAUAGCUAACCCUCAAGAUUUAGAGAGGGAAGGAUUUAGAGGGAGGGAAGAAUCUAUAGCCAACCUUCAAGAUUUAGAGGUUGAAGAAUUUAUAGCCAACCUUCAAGAUUUAGAGGUUGAAGAAUCUAUAGCCAACCUUCAAGAUUUAGAGGGGGAAGAAUCUGUAGCCAACCUUCAAAGAUUUAGAGGGGCCAACCUUCAAGAUUUAGAGGGUGAAGGAUAUAUAGCCAACCUUCAAGAUUUAGAAGGGGAAGGAUCUAUAGCCAACCUUCAAGAUUUAGAGGGGGAAUUAUCUAUAGCCAACCUUAAAGACAUAGAGAGCGAAGGAGCUAUAGCCAACCAUCAAGUUAUGGAGAGGGAACGAUCUAUAGCCAACCUUCAAGAUAUGGAGAGGGGAGGAUCUAUAGCCAACCUUGAAGAUAUAGAGGGGGAAGGAUCUAUAGCCAACCUUAAAGAUAUAGAGAGGGAAGGAUCUAUAGCCAACCUUCCAGAUUUAGAGGGUGACGGAUCUAUAGACAACAUUCAAGAUAUAGAGAGGGAAGGAUCUAUAGCCAACGUUGAAGAUUUAGAGGGUGAAGGAUGUAUAGCCAACCUUCAAGAUUUGGAGGCGGAAGGAUCUAUAGCCAACUUUCAAGAUUUAUAG